CGUUUGACAUGUUAUUUUUACAAGGGUCGUCGACAUUUUUUUUUACUUUUUUAUAAAUUAUUUCUUGGAAAAUGCACGCUAUAAUGUCACGAGAUCGUUCCCUACUUUUGUGAGCUCAUAGCUUAGUCGUGAAAAGUAAGGAUCAAUGCAAGUCGAUGACUACACGAGCGGAGACCCAGCGCGAACAUGACCACGGUGUUCACACUAAAUACACCACCUUAAUGUCUUCAAAAAUAAUGGAAACUCGGUACUACGAGGGAUGCGACCGGGAAGGCCCCAUCCGCUGCAUAUUCCUGGGAGAGUUCCAUCCAGUAGCGGGUCCGAAGAUAUCGUGCCAGUUUCCAGAAGACUAUGUAUCCAAGGAGUUGUUUGAUGCCAUUAGUGCAUAUAUUAUCCCAAAACCACAAAUGCAGAAAUGUACUAUGACUAUAAAUGCACUAGGCCACAAGAUAGUUGGUUACCCAAUCCGGAUCGACAACUCUCGAUAUGAACGCAACAUGUAUUUGUUUAAUUUGUGCUUUGUGUGUGAUAGCUGGUCUAAAACUGUGCAAUAUGAACCUGUUGUUAAGAAACUUGGAGAACAUUUGACAAUAAUGGAGGAGGAGACCGGUUUUGUAUCGAGUUGUUCUACUAAGCUGCCGACUUUAUUGGCUCACCUUUUACAUGACUUGAACACUUUCCGGAAAGCAACUUUAGUUGAAGGCGAGACGGUGAUGCACCUGAAGGUGCUGGAAGUGCGCAAGGACCCGGUGGCGGUGCACGACCACGACGUGCCGGUACUGGUGGCGUCGGUGGGGCUCCCGCGCCCGGGCCGCCCCCCGCCGCCGCCCGCGCGCGCGCCCGAGCAGAGCCAGGAGCAUCUCGACGUGGACGACGACGAGCCCGUCGAGGUUGACAUGGACGCCGACUGGGACCUCACCACGCGACAGUUGCUGCCCUACAUAAACGGCUACAACCACAUAUCAAAGAUAGCAUCGGACGCCAAUGUUGAGAAGACGCUCGUCAAGUCCUGUAUACAAAAUUUAGUCUAUUAUAAUGUGGUUAUGCUGAUACCUGUGCUGAUGUUCAACAACAUGUACCGGGCGACACCCAAGCUGAGCCGGCUGUUCAGUGACCUCGAGAUGCAGAAGUCUUGUCUUUCCUUCAUUACAAAUGACUGCGAUACUAAAGAGAAGCCCAACAUCGCGCGCGUGGCUGGCGUGCUGUGCGCGCUGCAGCAAGGCUCCACGCUGCGCGCCGUGUGCGAGCGGCACGCCGUCUCUGCCGCGCAGUUCGACGUGCGCCGGCUCGUCGUGUUCGCGCUCAUACACGGCCUCGUCAAGUGUCUGCGCCGGUUUCCAGUGUACGUGCGGAACCCCAGCCGUCCGAACGGGUUCAGCGCACGCGCCGACGCGCUGCCGGCGGCCGGCGGCGUCCGGCGGCUGUUCACGGGCCUGCACAGCGUCGACGAGAUCUGCUGCCUGGCGCGCGUCGACAUGGUCACGCUUGACAGAAUCAUCGACGAGGAUCCCAACGUGGCCGUCAUUUGGAGGUGAACUCGCGAACCUCCCAUUGACAAAUACUUAGACACAACUUGUGGUUAUAACGGAUAUCCAAAUAUAAAAGAUUUGGCAUUUAUAAAGCUAAACAUUCCACAUUGAGUUCUAUAUACUCACUUUUUCAAAUAAUUACAUAGUUGCGAGGUCGAUACAUAUAUUUCAGGAUGGCAUUAACUUACAUUAACACAUAAUAGUCAAUCACGGAAAGUCCGUUUGACUUUGGUAGUGUAGUGAUAAGGGCCUUAUCAUACUAGCGGUUGCAAAGCGGAGCGGGCGCGCAGCGAAUGCGUCGCGAACACGGAUUCGCAACGUUUCCGUCGCGGUUUUGUAGCGAAUUUACGACGUACAGUACAUUCAGUUACAAAAUGGAUUCUGACGAGGAAACACUGCUGUUUUAUUUAUUAAAAUUUAUUUAAAAAAAAACAGAUUUCUGGGUAGAAACUGUUGUUUAUAUUUUUCGUUCCAAACCAACAAAUCAUCGUAGGUUAAUUUUUCGUCGACUAGUUAAUAUUUUUAGUUCGUUAUGACGAAGGGCCUAAGAUUUGAAAACAUCGUAAAUUUUGCGCGAUUUCGAUUACUCGAUCGCACAUCGUACAAGAGUCAAAAAAGUCGUACAAAUACGAUUUAAAUCGGACGAUUGAUAGCACUGGGACGGACUGGCGUUUGUACCAGACCGCUCCGCUUUGAAAACGCUCGCAAUCCGCUAGUGUGAUUGCUCUGUAAGUUGUACAGACAGUGCGUUGGUGUGUAACACUUAAGGAAUGACCUUCAACGAUGCCAACUUUUAGUUUAUAGACAAAGAUGUCAAACGCACUGAGUUUUUCAUCUUACCAAUAAACAAAUGCAAAUGGAAUUCCCGGAAUAGAUUGACUAUUCAGAAUCAUACAAGUGUGUUAUCCACAUAACAAAAAAUGUUUGAAUACAUCAAAUGCACUACCGUUUUUUUUGUGCCUAGUUUCAAGGCUUUAGUUGUGUGAACGGCUAUAAAUUUCAUGCAAGAAAAUUCAUUUGUGUAACAUUUAUGUUACAAAUCGAAAAUUCACGUACAACAAGAAAACACUAUUAAAUUGUGGAUACUUCACUUGACCACAUGUUUUGUUUAAGUAUUUAAUCAUCGAUGCGAUAAACAAUAACUAAAAUAAGACGGCUAACGUUGUUUUGCAUAAUAUUUUAGAAAAAAAUGCCAUUUCCCGCGUAUUUUUCGCCACGUUGACAUACAUAUAUAAAAGCAGAGUACGUUUUAUUUGCGAGAUUACUGUGAAAAUAUGACGCCUUCAACACAGAUACAGUUUUUAAUGUUCUAUGAGAUUACCUAAAGUGACUUCCGUUUUAUAUCUUUAAGAAAGUUUCGCGAAAAACAUGCGGGUUGCGGUAUGAUCAAACAGUAGUAGACUAAGAGCCAGCGACAGCCAGAUCUUCGUGAUUUUAUAAAAGCUGAAAUCAUGCCUACCGUAGGUAAGUACGGUAGUCAUCUAUGGAGUUUGGAUAGUGGUUACUUUUGGAGGUAGCAGUUUCCAAGGGUCAUCAACCAUGAAGCAUCUAAGUAUAAAGUGUAUUUUUUUAUAUUUUCCUCGACAUAUUAGGAGAAAUUUUCUUAUAACACAAUUGGCUACCGUGCUUACCUCUAGUAGGAGCAUGAGUUGACAAACUUUCAGCUUAUAUAAAAUGAAGGAGGUCUGGUGGCCGCUGGCUCUCCGACUAUAGUGUCUAUUGGAAGACUCUUUUUAUAAAUUUUAUUUUAUUAUCCAUUGUUGUAAAUAACUCUGAUCAUAAAAUCUCCGUUUAGAUAUUUGAAUGACAGUAUUGAAGCGUACAUAUCGACGUGAUGCCAUCUGUGAUAUUAUUGGUUUUGCUUACAUUUUUGAAUACUUUGUUCGCGUGAAAGUUAUACAGUAUUACGCCGACUGUUAAACUGUCGCAGCUCUGACGUCGAGCUAUACGUUGUAGCGUAUUGUCAAUAGUGUGAACGAUACACGUGCCUGUAUGAAAACAGUAGUAUCUUUGGUAAAUAAAAGUAAAUUAGAAAACAUCAGUAACACAAAGAUGUGCGCCAAGAGAUACCGAGAUAGUUUUGUCAUUUUUCGUAACAUCACAACUAAAGAUAACGAUAUUUAUGCUACAUAUUUCGUUGCAAGGAAUGACAUGUAGAUAGAAUUAUCUCAUUAUCUCUUGACGCGAAACAUAGUCGUAUGUGAAGUAUAAAGUGAGUAUUCGUAACGCGGUUGGCAUUACGUGCGAUAUAAACGCUCAUGUAUUAGACCGUAUUUUUACAUGACAUGUUGAGUAGUCGGUGAUAAAAGUAUUAGUAUAAGGCGCAUGCGUUAUUAGGCCAAAUAUUCCCUCUUUAAGUUCACAAUAAACCCGUGAAAGAUAGAAUAAUCGCAUGUGCGAAGUGCCUGCAUUACUUGUAGCCCAGCAAACGUUUACACGUAUAUAGAAUAUAUCGAAACGCAAUAUUGUCCUUAACCGACCGCUUGAUAUAAAAAUGAAUAUUAGGCAUAGUUGACAUGGGGUGUACUUAAAUCACAAAAAUAGACAUAAAUGUUUAUCUCCAGUGAAUUUUUGCUGAUUGUAUUAAAUUAACUAAGUAAUGUGUGCUUGUGCAUCUUUGUAUGUUUGUUAAAGUGAUCGCUCAUCGGCACGUACCGACAAGUACCGCACGCAGACACGACACACACUCUAUCUCGGUGCUCGAAUGUAAUGACAAAAUCGUCCGCCGGUUUGUCUAGCGAAGAUAAUCGUCUGUUUAAUAAUCUCAAAAUAUAUUUUCUGUAAUAUACUAUUUAUUAUGUUCGUAUAAUACAAUUAUUAUAUUAUAUAAAGAUUGAGACUGCUUGCUUGCUGCGGAAUCUACGUGCUGAUGUACGAUUAAUUUAAUUAGCAAGUGCGUUUUUUUAUGUGUUAUAAUUACAUUAGUGAUAAUUUUGGUAAUAAAAAUUUUAGGCGCUCGAAUUAUUAAUAGAUCGGCUGUUAGCAAAGGUGAUAUUAAUCUGAUAAAAUUUUAUAAUAUAUUUUUAUUUUUGUGAUUGUUAGAAAGAAUCAGAUGUAGAACGACCGUAAAUAAAGUGCCUAUUUAUUAACUAGUAACUUUCCCACUGCCCGUACGUUUACAGUUGACCUACCUCUACAUUUCGCACAUAUAAUGUGUUUUAUUUAUUUAUUUUUGCACAAAUAGCCAACGUAACAUUCCGUUAAUACGAGAGCCGCAGAAAACGUUAAAAAGUAAUAUUCAAAGAUUAUUUAUAGAAGUAAAAGUAAAUCUUGAAAAGGAAAUGCGUAGAAUGUUCGUUGCGUUGCGACAUUUGAAUGGUGUUUAUUUAACGAUAUUUUAUGAAUUCAAAAUGUCUUAACACUUUUAAUUGUGCAAUUAUGACAUAUGUCGUGUCACGUAAAGCGCUGCCAUUUAUGCGAUGUUUAUGUGUACGUGAUAGGUACACAUAUUAGUGAAUUAUGAUUAUUUAUUUUAGAUAUCAAAUUACAAUCGUUAUCCGUAUAUAACAUAAUAAAAUAACUAAUAAAUUUUAGAUGAAAACUCAUGUUAUUAACACAACAUUAGGGACAAACAUAUUCAAUUACGAUUGCCUCGGUAUUUUGUCACGUCACUACAAAGACAAACAGUUGGCAUAUACUUAAACAGCGCAGUUUAACAAACUUGUACGCCAGUUCGAAGUUACAUCGUCCAUUCGAUCAUGACGUCAGAAACGCAAUCUCUGAGCGGACGGACAUUAAAAGAAUAUUUUCAAUAUCUUUUUAAACUUAAACCGCUACUUAAUGUUCUAGAAUGAGUUUAUCCAAUCAACCGCUCCACAGAACAAUGCACAUGUUUAUUGUUAUAACGGAAAUCAAUUUGACUAAAUGAAAGGACCUCCCUUACAUACGUUGACAUCCAAUACUCGAUAAGCAGAUGGCGGUUAGCGCUCUUUUUCCGUGACACGAUGGAGUUAGUAGAAAGUGAGUAGAAACAUCUAAUUUAUCGCAAGAUUAAUUAGAUUUUUAAUAAGCGAUUUUUUAAACUUCAAACUUUUAGUGUUUUUUUUAAAGAAAACUUACGAACGGCUGUGUUUAACAUCACAAAAUAAUGAAUCAAACUGAUAAGAAGUUUGCAUAAUUCUUGCUCUUUAUCUGCCUGCUAUAUUAGAUACUAAAAAAACAAAAUCUUUUCGCAAUCGCAAUCUCUUAACUAAAUUUUCGACUAAUAUAGUUACGUAGAGUAUUGAUAAUUAAUAGUAACAGUAUGUAGUAGUAUGCAAAUCAUAUUUUUUGCGUCCUUCAAUUAUCGUUAAUGUUAGACGAAGAGUCGCUUUUAUACGCUGUUCAUAUUUAUUAUGUACCUACCUACGUACGGGGCGGAACAAUGAACAGAGACGAGUUAAAAUUAUAUUUUUUUAUUAACAUUUAUUUGAAAAUUAAACUUAAUUGAAUUCCUCCAAAUAAGGAACAUAAAAUGAGUCAACAAUAUAGAAUCUCUAGCCCGGCAAAAUAUUAAUAAAUUUGAAGUAAUUACUCUAUAGUCAAUUCAUUAAUUCCGUGUUAUUCUGAAGUUUUUAUUUCCAUUUCCAUUUGUCUAUCACAAUCGACACAUGCUUGUUUCAUUUUAUUAAAAAGGAAUUUGAUAUUUUGUAAAUUUUAUUACUUCAUAUUGAUUUACAAAUUAAUUGAAACUUAAGCUUGUAUAAAUUUCAUCUUUAGAAUCCAGAGAAUAAGUUUCAUUUCAUAGAAAUGACAGGAUUUCACGGAAUUAAUGAAUGGACCGGACCGUAAAUGUUCUCAUUAGUGUUCUUACAAACGAAUUGAUUUAACUCGAUUUAAAUAUAGUAUAAGAAUGCUCGCCUACGGAAGUACAGACAUCAUGCUUCUUUCUGCCAUUAGAAGCAUUGGCUUGUUUUGGUUUGAAAUGUUCACGUUAAUAUUAUUGAGACAAUUAAGGUCUCAAUCGCGAUGCACAGAUAUACAUUUUUGUAAUUUUCUUGCGCUUGCAGGAAGGAUGCAGUUCCUUUACAAUCAGAAGAGCCAUCAGUUGUUUCUUGUAGUAAAAUAAAAUGCUGAAAAAUACCAAAUUACAGAUUUAUUUACUGUGUUCAUUGUUCCUUAGCUCAGCAUUACACCUAACUGGCUGUAAUAGUGAUAUAAUGAUAGUCGUUCAUGUUUACAGUAUUAUUAUAAAUUAGGGUUUGCAAAUUGAAUUAGCUGUAAGGCUUUUAUAUAAUAAACUAUACUCUCACACAAAAAAACCACAUUCAAGCACGGACGCAUCACAGUUUUAAAGAGGUUGCUAUUUUUUUUUUUUGCUAAUUGCGAGUUUUGCAAAAAUUAAACAUGUAAGUACAAUUGUAUGGCCUUAUAGUUGUAUAUGAUAGUUGUGUGUUGUCCUUACGCUUCCUUAGGUGCAAUAAUAUUAGUGUGUUAGCGCGUGCCUCGGUAUAGCAUUUAGAAGAUCCAGUUGGAGGGAGUCCUUCAAAAGCGUGUAUCACAAAAAUGACUCAUCACAAUUUGAAUUCAAUGAUAAUCUCAAAAAGUUAAAUUAUUUAAAUAAAAUAUAUAAAUUGACGUGGAAUCGAUCAAAGGUUCUAAUAUAAAUGCAUUCCAAAUUUGAAUUAAUAAACUAAUUAUUAUAAAACCACAAUUGCCUGCGUAUCAUCACAAUCCAAUUUAUUUGACAAGUUAUUGUAUAAUUUAUUACUUUUAAUAGAAUACUAUUUUAAUAUAUACUUCUAUACUUAUUAUUUAAUAAAACCUCUAAAGAUUAUUGUUUACUAAAUUGCUGUGUUGUAUAGAAUUGUAUGAUAUUUGUUGCUAAGUUCCUAAGUAUAAAGACUUAAGUACAUCUGUUUAUUCUAAAUAAAAUGCCGUGAUGUGUGCGGCACUACUAAUAACACGAAAAAAGAACGCCAGUCAGUAGAAAAUCUAUUAAAUAAACCGAACUAUAUAAUAAAUAACUGGUAUUCUAUAACACCUACGUUCAGUUCAGUUUACUUUGGUCACCGCUAGAGUGUAAAUAAAUUUUUUUUAGUAAUCAACUUUAAAUUAUAGAUCUGAUAUGUUGACAUUGAUAUCUGUCUGUGGGUAGGGCACAGACAGUGUGCAUUUGUUUCAGAUUCAUCUACUUAAUUUAUCUAAAAUAUUUACAAACAUUUAUACGAGUACCUAGUGCAUGUACGAGUAUAAGUGACUCAAUGUGUUCACAUAAAAUGCUCAGUUCGUAGUUCCUUUCGUUGGCGUUCCUUUUGCGUGACUGCAAUAUUUUACAUUUAAUAUAACAUCACAUCAAUCAUCACAAUAGUAAUAAAUUUUUAGAUAUUAUAAUAUAAAGUGCUUAUGAAAAUUAAUUAUACGUGUAAGUAAUAUAAAUGACUUAUAGUAGCAGACUGUUCGAUGGUGUGUACUUAUCCUUAGAUAAUAGAGCAUUCGCAAGUAAUUCGAUCUGAAUCUCGUGUCACGGUCGGUGAAGUGAUCAUCGGACCUUACAUUACCGUGUACUGUGGCGUGAAUAAUAAAGUAUUUAUCAUUAUGCAGCGAGGAACGAUUUCAAGUAGUACACUCUCGACCUAAAAUACACAGACAAAUGAGAAAAAUCCUUUUAAAAAUUAAUUAUUAAUAGAAAGUUGCAUAUAUGACUGACGCAUGUCAGCAGUAACGUGUGAAUACCUGCAGGUUGGGCGUACACCGACCAAACGAAUGCGUGUAAUCGAGUCGAAUUAUUUGCGAUAGGUUCUAUAAGUAUUUAUUUUAGUGCCUACAAAAUUUAGAUAACGGAUAUAGUAUUUCUACCUUUUGUAUUAUUUAUUUUAGUAAUUAAAUAUAUGAAGUGUGUGAUUGCUCUGAAAUUUAAUAAUAAAAUUUAAUGUGAUUGUUGGACUUGUUGGUACGUUAUCGCAUUUUAUAAAAUUAAAGCAACCAAUGCGUAUCCAAAUUUCUUUAAUAAACAUCUUUACAAUUCUA